AUGCAUGUAUUUCUGUCUCUGAUGCUGCUGGUUGAGUCGGUGUUUUCCCUGCCGCCCGUCUCCGCACAGGAAGUGAUGUCAGAUUACUGUGGGUGGGCAGGUAACCGCGACAACGGCCCUGCUGCUGACGAUGACAUAUCUGCACGCCUCUCUUCUCCGAGUCGGGUCGUAGGUCUCCGUGUGUCCGGGGUUUGUUACUCUGGAGCGGCUGUGACCAUCCUGAACCCUCCGCUGUCUGACUCACAGCAUCAUCAGCAUCAUCAGAAACACAUCAGCCCUCCUCUUCCUCCUCCCUCCAUCACCAUCACCAUCAUCAGCAUGCCGUCAGAUAGUGAAUCUGUGGAUGAUGUAACAGAGGGAUUCCUGUCCGGGUCUCAGGGGGUGGUGUACCACGGUGACGUCAGACCUGCUGCACCAGCAGCGGGCGUAGAGCCGGUGUUCACAGAGAGCACCCGGAUGGUUUACUUUGGCGUCUCCCAGGACCUGUUUCGGAGCGCCGCCCGGGCCCUGUACCACCACGGGCCUUUACAGCUGGACGUCCCACAGAUUGGUACUACAGUAAAUUUCUUUCUACGCAUGGUGGGACUACCUAAGGGUCCCUGUGAAGUAGAGCUGGAUGAGGUGCCAGACGUCACCAUCAGUCAGGGUGGAGUUCUCAUCGAUGUGAAGGCCACUGCCCCAGAUGCUUGUGUAGCUAUCAGCUCCAUCGCUGCAGUUUCUUCUCUGUUAUCAGGUCAGUGGUCCUCCACUGGGGGUCAGCUGUGUGACUACCGCUUCAUUAAAGAGAAGAAGACCUGGAAAGAAGCCCAGGAGUACUGCAGAACCAACCACACUGACCUGGCCACCGUGUCUAACCAGGAAGACCUGAAGAGACUCAAGGACCAUCCACAGUACCAAUCCGGAGCCUGGAUCGGGCUGCAGAGAGACUGGCGCUGGUCUCAGUCCGGGGUGGAGUUCAGAGACAGUAACUGGUAUCCAGGACAGCCGGAUAAUCAACUCAAUAAGGAGAACUGUGUGGUGAUUGGUGGCGAAUGGAAUGACAAAUGGAAUGACAUCUCUUGUGAUGAAUCCUUUAAAUUUAUCUGCUAUGACGGAAACAACCAGACAUCAGGCAACAGAUUUUAUGUUAUUGAUGAUAGCAUGAGCUGGUCUAAUGCUCUGAACUACUGCAGAACACAUCACACAGACCUGAUAAGUGGAGUCCAGCAGCUGGAGGACUUCAGGAAACACCCCCAGAAUAAUGAAAGAAUAUUCUGGAUCGGCCUGGUCAUGGACUGGAGCUGGUCUGAUGGGAGCAGGUUCUCUUUCACACACUGGGAUAAAAAUAAACAAGACCCUGAGAAGACCUGUGCUAUGACUACGUCAGGUGGAUUCUGGUCUGAUGACUGUGAUAAACCCAGAACCUUCUUCUGCUACAACGAUUCUGUGAUCCUGAUCAAGGAGAACCUGACCUGGGUUGAGGCGUUAUUCUACUGCAGAGAUCACCAUGGCGACCUGGUCUCCAUCACCAACCUGGACCAGCAGCUCCGGGUCCAGGAGAGAGCCAAGAUGGCCGCCACUCCCUACGUGUGGCUGGGACUGCGCUACACCUGCACCCUGGACUUCUGGUUCUGGGUCAGUGACGAGACGGUCCACUACACCAACUGGGACCUCAGCAAGACUACGGGGGACGACUGCAGCAUGUCUGGAGCCAUGGACAGAGGGGGGGGGCACCAGUGGGUCAAAAAGAUCAACGACAAAAACCAGUUCAACUUCAUCUGUUCCAAGAAGUCACCACCACAAUGUAACUAAGUACUUUUACUCAAGUACACACGUAGUAAUGUUGGGGGGACGGAGUACUUAUACCUCAAAGGUCCAACUAUGGGGAAAAGUCCUAAUAUUUAAGAA